AUGUAUCAGAUGAGGUUGCUUAUCAUAUUUGCUCUUGCUAUAUGCAGCUCAUCAAUAAGACAGCAAUCCGUGGCCGUAUCUGGCAGACUGAUGUGUGGAGAUCGACCAGCAGCGGGAGUAAAAGUGAAGCUAUGGGAUGAGGACGACGGACCCGAUCCAGACGAUGUUCUCGAUGAAGCAUACACAGAUGAAGGUGGCGCAUUCUUCUUAAAGGGCUCCGAACGAGAGCUAACAAACAUUGAUCCGGUGGUCAAGGUGUAUCACGACUGUGAUGAUGGGAUCUUGCCUGGACAACGCAAAGUGAAGUUCUACAUACCGGACACGUACAUCUCUUCCGGUAGUACUCCGAAACGUGUGUUUAACCUUGGAAUGAUCAAUUUGGAGAUUAUUUUUGCAAAGGAAGAACGAGUUUUCUUCUAG